UAUUCAACGCCCAUCGGCCAAAGAUCUCAUGAGUGACGCAUCUGAGACACCCCGCCCCUUUACAGGAAACCACAAACAUAGCUGCAUCAGCCACGGCCCACCACACAGGGAACAUCCACAGUGGAGGCACAAUCUGCUGUACUGAAUUGGCACCGUUGUAAGAAGGAGUACAGCGACUUCACCAAACACCUGACAGACUAGGCCAUGAAGCCCGUGGGCGUGUCUUUCCUACUCCUGCUGAGCACUAUCAGCCUUACUGGCAUCGCUCAAGCUCAGGACUGCUCUGUACCAGUCGGAGGACCCAACAUGCAUUUGAGUGAAAAUGACAUAUUCACAACACAUUUCGAAAAUGGAUCAGAAGUUACCUUUGUCUGUGAUGUUGGCUAUGCAUCUGCGGGAGGCGCUCGGAAGAUCACCUGUACUGCUGGCACUUGGAGUCAAGUCAGUCUGAAAUGCGAGAUGGUGACUUGUGAGCCGCCGCCUCAGGUGGAGAAUGCAUCCCCUUUCACUCCGCAGAGAGACAGCUACAGUUACAGAAACGUUGUAAAAUACAAGUGUCAAAAAGAUUUCACACUCAACGGAUCAUCAUCAUUAACUUGUUCAGAAAAUGGACAUUUCACACCAGAUCCUCCAAAAUGUAUCAAGGUUAUUUGUGAGGAUCCUAAUAUUGCAAAUGCUCACUGGGAGAGUGGUGCUCGACCCCCUUAUGGAUACAAGGAGUUUGUUGUGUUCCGGUGUAAUACUGGAUUUGUUAUGGAAGGGAGACCGGGUCUGACAUGUACAAUUGAUGGCCAGUGGUCACCUAAACCUCCAAUAUGUAAACAAGUGCCAACCACAGUGAAACCCACUACUACAACCACCACUCAUCGCCCAAAAAGAACGUCACCCUCAGUUGAUGCCACUGUUCCUCCCCCCACUGGGCCGCCCCACAGCCACGGAGUUGGUGAGGGUGAGCUUCACUCUGCUGUGGUCAACUAAAGAGAGGAGAAAAAUGCAGUAUGUUAUGAGUAUAGUGGUAACACUUACAAUAAGGGUACAACAAUUAACAUUAGUUAACAUUAGUUAAUGCCAUAAUGGUUAAUUAACUAUUAGUUAAUGAUUAUUAUGGCAUUUACUACUAAUAAUUAAUCACUACUAAUCACUACUAAACAUUUACUAAUCUA